AUGCAAGCCCUACCUAGGAAUGACCCCCACAGAGGAGAUCAUCACUCCUCUUCAAGAUCCAACCCCUGCCUAAAAGUCUUGCAGGAAGGUUUUAGGAAGAAGGAGCAACAACUCGAGGCACAACUCGAUCGAGCCAAGAGCAAGCUCGAUCGAGCUACAGGAUCGAGUGGAGUGCUCCUGAUGGCCGUCUCCCUCUCCAGACCACGACCUUGCCUCCCAGUUCUUUGGGGGGCACUGAGGUCUUUUGGAGCAUUCUGGAGCAUAUGGGACGUGAGGAGCAUGGAAGGACUUGGCAUGGACGCAGCUCAACUGGAUACGCAAAGGAAGAAGGAGGAAGCCAUCUUGAAGACCAGCUCGACCACCUACUCGACCAACCGGUCGAGUUCCUCAACUCGACCGGCCAAGCUUCAACUCGAUCGAGCUGAGAAGUCAACAGAAGAAGGAGGAAGUCAUCUUGAAGACCAGCUCGACCACCUACUCGACCAUCCGGUCGAGUUCCUCAACUCGACCGGCCAAGCUUCAACUCGAUCGAGCUGA